UUGCUUAACAUCGACAGGAAGACUAAAGCAGUCAAAUUAGCUUGACAAGGGACACGGGUGUGCUGCGAACAACGUCUUGCAUGCGUUCACAAUGAAGUUCUCGGUGUUCUCCCUGUGGAGACCCUUUUUAUUAAUUUUACUGGGUUUAUUUCUACUUUGCGAGGCCAAAGUGAACACUGAGGUACAGACUGGGCCCCUGUAUCGUGUGGUUGGCUCUCUGCUCUCCAUCUCCUGCAACACAAGUGGAUUUUCCAACCCCAAUUCUAAAAAAGAUUUUGAGAUCCGCAUGAAAGAUCCUGCAAAGCUCUAUGGCGGAAUUAAUAUCAUGAGCUCCAAAGACCCAGGCUUUAGCUAUGCUCGUUUUAUGCCUCGUAUACGAAACAAUGAGAUGUCUAUCAAACAUGUUGAUUCAAACUCAAUCAUAUUUGAAAUAAAAUACCUAAAGAAGGAGGAUGAAGGGGAAUAUGAAUGCUCCGUUGUCAAUUCGGAAAAUACUCUCAAUGGAGUCUACUCUGCAAUGACAGUUGUUAAAGUGAUUGACAAUUCCCUAAGUGUUACAUCCAGUGACAACCCCACCUCACUGAGCUAUAACGAAGGGGAAGCUCUCUCUUUGACAUGCCAAGCCUCCACCAACACCAUCCAGCACGUCCAUCUGGCUUUCGCCUGGUACCUCCGUAAAGAAGGGGCACAAGAUGCUAAACCGAUAAUUUCUUUGGACAGAGAUUUCACACUGACUCCAGGUGAGGGUUUUGAGCAGCGCUAUAGAGAUGAAGCCAUUAGAUUAGACAAAUUAGAUGAGGCCACGUACAGGCUUAAUAUUGCUGAGCUUGAACAGUCAGACCAGGGUCAGAUCUACUGCCAAGCUCAGGAGUGGAUCCAAGAUCCUGAUCGUUCCUGGUACAAGAUUUCUCAGAAGGAUGCAGAGGAAAUUCCCCUCACAGUCAAAGCUAAAGUGGUGACUAGCAUGUCGGUUGUGGAAGUGAGUCUUUCGGCACAAAAGGCACUCCAUGAGGGGCAGGAGCUGUUGCUGUCUUGUGGCAUAAAUGCACAGAACCUCGCAAAACGGUUCUUCUCCGUAGCAUGGCUCUGGGAAGGAAAUGAGUUGGCCAAAAUCGGGCCUACAGGCAUUCUGACUGUGAGGCAAGAGUAUAUCGACAGAGAGAGAAAUGGGGAGCUAAAAGCCACGCGGACUGGGAAUAAUAACUACCAACUCAGGAUAAAGCCAGUGAAAACUACAGAUAAAGGGAGUUACAGCUGCAGAGCAUGGCCAGAAGAGAGAGGAGAAGAUGGAAACUUUAAUCAAGGUGCAGCUCAAGACUCCAAACCCAUGGACAUCAACAUCUUUACUCCAGAAAGUGGACUCUCAGUUAAAAUGGAAAACAUGAAGCAACCUGUUUCCCCAGGAGAGAAAUUAAAACUCGUCUGUGAAGCUGAUGGGGUCAAAGGUCAGCUCUCUGUCACCUGGGAACGCCAGCCCACACUUCCCACGUCAUCUUUGUUUGCCACCAUCAUCAGUCUAAGUGAAAACGGUGUCACAGAGAAAGCUACGGCUUUUGAAGGUCGUGAGGUGAGAGUGACGCAUCUGACGACAAACAGAUUUGUCUUCGAGCUGGCUGAUGUUGCGGAGUCUGAUUCGGGUAUCUAUAAGUGCAUUGUCUCUGAAACGCAACCCAGCGGCGGAACUCAAAGCCAGAUGGAAAAUGUCAGCGUCAAUGUGAAGUCUAUUGAUUCAGUGGUAAAGGUGGCACUGAGAAGUCGAGAGCCUAUGGUGACUGUGGGAAAUGACGUACAGUUAAUGUGCAAAGUAUCAAGUCCACGUGUGCCGAUGACUCUUACUUGGAGCAAGGAGACAGAAAAAGCCGACCUUAAUACCAUAGUGGUACUCUACUCAAAUGGUUCCAUCAGCUGGUCUGGAGACCAGCAUCGUUACCAAGUGCAGGUGGACAACCAGGGUAACAAUGUCAUGCACAAUCUGAAAGUCCUUCGUGCCAGCCACAGGGAAGCAGGCAAAUACCAAUGUACGGUGUCAGUUUUCCAGCAUAACAUUUACAAAAAGCUUCCUGCAUCCAAUCUGGUGAAUGUGAUGGUACAAAAUCCAGAAAGCAAACUUGCCCUGUCUUCCAGUCCCACCAUUUCCCAAAGAAUAAAUACUGACAUACAAAUUGAUUGCAAAGUUACUUCAAGAACAUCAGAGUUUUCUCUAUAUGCCGUCACCUGGGUACUUCAACAAGAUGCUGAAAAUAAGACCAUUCUGACCUCAGACCAUAAUGGCAUCACUACGUUUGGGCAACAGAUUGAAGAGAGUCAUAAGAAACGGAUCAGCAUGAGGCACACUGAUGGACCUACUUUUGAACUAACUAUUCAGCAAGCCAGAAUUUCAGACAAAGGCAUUUAUAUGUGCAAGGUGGUGGAGUACCUACAAGAUCCCUGGGGACAAUGGUAUUCACUCUCAGAUAAACAUUUGACCAUAAAUGUUGAAGUCACUGAACUAGAAAAAAAAUUGUCCAUUGAAAAAAAAGAGGCAGAGAGGAACAUAAGCAUUGCAGAGGAUUUCUCCAUUCCCUGUCACAUCACCCAACAAUCCAGCAAGGAAUCCCAGUUCCAGGUCACAUGGUUUUGGCAGCAAGGCACCGAAGUUAAAACCAUAUUUACAGCUUACAGAAAUUCUACCUUACAAGCCAGCAAUAAGAAUGUCGUUGUAAGAUAUGAUCACCCCUCCCCUCACCAAUUUGGCCUUACAGUUUUAAACUCUAACUUGGAAAACAGCGGCAUGUAUUUCUGUGAGGUAGAGGAGUGGAUUAACGCUCCUGCUGAUGGGUGGAUGAAGCAUGCUGUGGAAAAGUCUGGAAAUUUGAACGUGACUGUUGAUGCAGAGGGGCAAGCCAAAGCUGUGACUGAUCUGACAUUGCAAGCCAGUACUUGGAUGCCAAUAUAUGUAAUAACUGUCUCAAUCGGUUUAUGCAUCAUAACAAUUCUGACGUACAAGCUGUGCAGGAGAAAGACUUCAGGAGGAAAGAACUCAGGUCAUUCUCUCUGGACAGAACAGGUCGCCCUGGACCCAAAGACUUAGCUCUGAAUCAGAGAAACUAGAGUGAUGUACAGAAAAAUAAAUCUCUUAUUAAGUCUAAGAAGUAUGUGAAAAAGGUUUUAAAAUGUAAUUAUUUUUUUUUACUUUGAACAUAUUUUUUAUUUUUUUAUUAAAGGGACCACCAUGCUGGUGGAAAUAUCUUAGCCUUUAUGAAUAAAAAUUUGUUACUACUCUGAAAUGAAACAAGCAUUUCUCAGAUUGGAGCUAAAGUCUCUCUACACACUCAUUUUUUCAGUUUGAAACUGGAAGUUGAGGUAGGCAGCAGAUUUUGUUUGUGGUUUGUGCAGCUUUAAAAACGUACUUAUUUUAUGUUACAAAGUGUAAAUACUAUGAAUUUUUUUGUGUUUUUUUUUUCAUUGGAAGUUAUCUGAAGUUUAGCGUGUCCAGGACAGCAGUGUGUCAUAAAAUGUGGUAAGAUCUGACACCCUUGCAAGAAAAAUGAAGAGAAGAAGCGGAAGUUUUCUGCGGUUGUGCACAUGACGACGGUAGACAGUCUGCAAGCGGUGCUUGUGACAGAUGUUCUCACGAUCAGUACAUCUUUUUCGUUUGUUUUUUUUUUUUGUUGAGAAAGACACAGGCUUGCAGGGCAGUGUUGGUUAAAAUCUGCAUGUGUGCAAAUUGUGCUUCUCUUAUUUUGCAACUCUGAUGAGCAAAUCUGAUGGUGUUAACAUUUCUUAUGCAAGACAUUCAGCUGGCUGUGUUAAUGAGAAACAGAGUGGGUGUUUGUGUGACCUGUUUCUUGUGGCAAUGACUUCAUUUAGUAUUUAUUUUUUUUCAAAUAAAAGCAUUUCUGAAAUUGA